UAUUUUAGCUUNUGGUACAAGAGCUAUUUUAGCUUUAAUUUAAUAUGUUGUCAGCGUCGUUCUUAAAAUUUCGGGGAAUCUGAGCUGAGGAUGCGAUUUGAUUCACUGAACUUUGUUCCAUUUUUUGGUGAUUUUUUGGUAAUAACGAAAAAGCUAGAGUCUUGCUUUGAGUUCGUCAAUGGCGUGGGCUGGCCCAGAAGAUGGCUACCUCUCAACUUCUCUUGCGAGCUAUCUUGACAAGAAACUUCUUGUAUUACUUCGAGACGGCCGAAAACUGUUGGGUAUUCUUCGCUCAUUUGAUCAAUUCGCAAACGCGGUUUUAGAAGGUGCAUGCGAGCGUGUAAUAGUUGGUGAGCUAUAUUGUGACAUCCCAUUAGGUCUGUACAUAAUUCGUGGAGAGAAUGUUGUUUUAAUAGGGGAAUUGGACUUGGAGAAAGAGGAGCUACCCCUGAAUAUGACUCGUGUAUCGACAGAAGAAAUUAGAAGGGUAGGCCCUGAAUUUAUCUACUGCGUAAAAGCUUUGAGUUUUCUUUUAGCAGUAAAUUUUCCGGUUUUUGGGCAGGCACAGAAAGCAGAUAGAGAACCUUCGGAUCUAAAGGGUACCAUGAAAAGAAGGAUGGAUUUUCUCGAUAUGGAUUAA